AUGAAUUGGAAUACGCACAUGGAGGGUCAUUACAUGAACGCUAGCUACCCGUAUAAUUCGGCUGGAAGUUUUAUUGAAUAUUUCGAAGGUCUCACGUAUGACCAUGUGAAUUUCAUUUUCAAUGGAGGUUCCCAUGUCCAGGAUAGCGUGUACCCCUCGAUGAAUGCAAAUUUCUACAAGUUCGUGUUAUCCCCACCUGGGAGCACUUCAUAUAUUGACCCUGCUCAUGUUUAUGAGAUCCAUGAUCAUGAGCUACGAAAUGAAGAAUAUCAAAGGCCCUUGGAGAAUUCUUCUACCAUUACUAAUGAACAGGCUUCCAGAGUAAAUACAGAAUGGGAAGCAAAUGAAAACAGGAUUUCUCAUGAUGACCCUGUGGAAUGUCUGCGCAGGCAUCAUAAUGGUCAUGAUUAUCAGGCUAUAUGGCAAGACAAUGUUGAUCCUGACAGUAUGACUUAUGAGGAAUUACUUGAAUUAGGUGAGACAGUUGGAACUCAAAAUCGAGGUCUUUCCCAAGAGCUUAUUUCUUUGCUUCCAAUCUCAAAAUACAAGCGCAGUUUCUUCUCAAGGAGGAAAUCAAGAAGCGAGAGGUGUGUGAUUUGCCAGAUGGAAUAUACGCGAGGUGAUCGCCAGAUCACUCUACCAUGCAAACAUAUCUACCAUGCUGGUUGUGGGAGCAGAUGGCUUAGCAUCAACAAGGCUUGCCCCAUAUGCUAUACAGAGGUCUUCAUUAGAGUAUGCCUGUUGGUGUAUGGCAUUAUGGCAUAUGCUCGCUCUGAGGUGAACAUCGAUGAAAAACUUGUAUCAAAAGUAUCGGCUGAUGGUUUCACAUUUGUUAUUGACUCUCCAGAAGCUGCUGUAUGGAUUGGAUCACCACUUGACUAA